AUGGCUAAGUACAACGACUUAUUAGCUUUCGUUACCUAUGGAAAGCCGAGUUUUCUGAUAGUCACAGAAACGUGGUUAUCCUCGUCAAUACCAGAUCAUCUUUUCUCCAUGGGGGAUUACACUAUCUUUAGGGCAGAUCGCACUCGUACCAGAGGAGGGGGCGUUUGUAUUUUUAUUGCGAAUCACCUUUUAUCUGAAUUACAUGUAGCACAACUCAGUUUUGACACUGGCAACAUAGACAGUCUUGUUCUUCGGAUUUCCUGCAAGAACUUCUCUUUUGUACUAUCAUGUGUUUACCGACCACCUGGUACUGAUUUAACAUCAGACCACAAUUUAUUCUUAAAAUUAUCAGAUCUAGUUGAGGCUUAUGAAAAUGUAUUCGUGUUCGGUGACUUUAAUAUGCCCGAUCUAAAGUGGCCAUUAAACCCUAAGUUAAAAUGGAGUCAGUCUAACCAACUAUUGGUUGACUUUUUGAUGAGCACUAGAAUGCUGCAGCUGGUAGAUCAGCCAACGAGAAUUCGGCGAAACCAACAACCAUCAACGCUAGAUUUAGUGAUGAUAUCGGAUGCAAAUUUAUUGGCGAACUUGGAGUAUCUAGACCCGAUAGGUAAGUCGGAUCAUGUUCUAAUUAAGGCUGACAUGCAGAUGUGUUUUACUCCCCGCAAACGAACAAUCACGUUCAGCAGAUUAGUCACUAAUUAUGAAGAUAUCAACACUAGAUUAUCUAAUAUUGACUGGUCUUUCAUUUCUACACACACUGACGUAUCUUCCAGCUGGGAUGCCUUUAAAUUACGUCUCCAGGAGAUCAUUGACAGUUGUUCAUCUCGAGUCACCGUUAAGAAAUCUUCUACCAAACCAUGGAUUGACGGCAAGAUACUUAAGCUGAUUAAUAAAAAACGGUCGUUGUGGCGAGCGUACAAACGUACAACUAAGGAAAACUACGAGAAACAAUUGGUUGCCGAUGCAAAUCCCAAGCGGUUCUACAAAUAUGUCCGCUCAGCCAUAAAAGGGUCCUUCGUUCAAAUGCCUUUGAUUAAAGAUGGAAAUGGCCAAAUUGCUAGUAGUCAGCGUGCUGCUGCUGACAUUUUCGCUUCAAGUUUUUCGAAGAUAUUUGUCAAGGAACCUCACAUAACAAUGCCCGUCAUAAAUGGUCCAGCAAAAUCAGAAAGUCUUGAUUUUGUCCACUUCACUAAAGACUCGGUACUUAACAAACUGCGAUCGCUUAAGGAGGGGAAAUCUCCGGGCCCCGACGGUCUUUCUGUCAGUGUUCUAAAGAAGUGUGCGAAUUCGUUAGCAGGCCCACUUUCCGUACUUUUUAACCAGUCCAUCGAUACGGGUAUUCUACCAUUAGACUGGAAAACUGCUCUGCCCAGGCAACAUGAUGUCGUCUUUUUCACGUGA